AUGGCAAUAAAAGCGCAGUGCUCGAGCGACGCCGCGCCGCGGCGGCCUUACUGGGCCGACCGCGAGGCGCCGCGGCAACGAUCGUCCAGAGACGACAGGAGGCGAGCGCCGCCGAUUGACGUGGCGGCCGACCCGCGGCGCCGCUACCACGCCGCCAGGGACGGCAGCUCCGGCGAAGUCAAGACGCCGGGCUCGCCGUCGCCCCGCCGCGGCCGCAGCGCGAGCCCGCGCCACGAACAAAGCCACGUGCCGCCGACGCCCGCGCCGACGCCGACCGCGUCUGCGACCGCGGUCACGCCACGAGCGCAUAGAACCUUCUUCUUCGACGCCAUGCGCCACAAAGUGAGCAAAAAGAAGAAGCGGACACAAACCUCAAUCGACUCCGUCGAGUUCGACCUCGAUUUGACGGACGUCACACCUAGACUAAUAGCCAUGGGCUUCCCGUCGACCGGUCUGGAUCGGAGACGAUGACGAUGUCACGUUAGAUUUGCGCGACCUAUAUACGAAAGUUCUGGUUGGAGUCUUUGUCGACGGUCCCGGCGGCGCUUCCGCCGCAGAGGAUCUGCGAGAGGCCGUGACCAUACUCGAGGAUAUUGAAAGGAGAUCGCGGAGGGUGUUUGGCGCAGACCAUCCGCAGACUUUGCGCUACAAGAAAUCGUUGGGGUUAGCACGCGAG